AUACAGUUAUCAAAAUCUUUAUCUUUCCGUGUAUCAGCAAUUCAGCAAGCGCAGCGCGCAACACUGCUGUCAGUUAUCAUUAUAACAAAUAAACGAGCCAGGAGCUCCUUCUGAUUUACACUACCAAAUCAACCAGACGUGUCUCAGUUUUGUUCUCCCGAGAUUCAGAGAAACCCCUUAGCAUCGAUUACUACCUAAUUAGUGCAAUACUGCAAACGGUCAUCUAUACAGUGGCGACGAGGAAAACAGUUUUUUUUUUUAUUAAUUCACUCCAGUAAAACUAUCCGUUUUUUCGCCGGCAUCGACGCAGCCGACGAUUUAGCAGCAGCGAUAGGUAAAGAUCCAGGACAUCGGCACAGUGGAGCUCUCGUGCGUCGAAAUUCGUUCCAAUUAACUGGCUUUUUUUCGUUCUGCCGGGAAAUUUUUGAGGUGUUUUUGCCUGGGAAGCGCGGUACGAUUAACGGAUUCAGCGGACAAAUAUGUCGUAUGUUGUGGCUCCCAACAUUGAACCCUAUCGCAGGGGACAAUCUUUCGCUACAUGGAUCAAGCGUUUGGCUUUCCAUUUCCGGGUGAAUAAGGUCAAUGAAGGUGAAAAGAAGGACCAAAUGUUCAUCCUGGGUGGUGACUAUUUGUUCAGCAUGGCUGAAAAGCUCUACCCUACGGAAGCAUUGAUGGAAGAAGUGUCGUUUGAGGUUUUGAUCCAGAAGCUUAGGGAGCGCUUGGACAAAACUGAUUCUGUUUUGCUCCAACGUUACAAUUUCGGUACAAAGGUACAGCAAGCUGGUGAGUCUGCCAGCGAUUUCAUCUUCUCGUUGAAGCUUCAGGCAGAGCAUUGUGAGUUCGGGGACCAGAAGAACCGUCUCGUUCUCGACCGGAUUCUCGUUGGUCUGUCGGACGGAAACCUGAAACAUCGCCUUCUCACUGAGGACAGCUCGAAAUUGACGCUUGAACAGGCGGAGAAGAUUAUCGCUACGUGGGAGAUGGCGGCGACACACACCAGAGCUUUGACAAACGCGGAAGAAAACGGUUUGGUGGCUUCAAUUGAUGCUCGGUAUCCAUUUACUGGUGGAAGAGGUGCGGUUAUCCGACGUAUGAAGGAACUAGCGGAGGGAUUUCGUGGCUCGGUGAGGAGCCGACUUGGAAUCCGUCCGGAAAUUCGUCCGGCGGAAGAACGUCCUAAAUAUUCGCCGCAGCCUCGCUUCCAAUCGCAGCCUCGCUUUCAAUCGCAGCAACGUCAACAGUCAGCUGGUCCGUCAUACCGAAGAGCCAAUACUGGGCAGGGACCGAUCGAUCAACGCAUCUGUGAUCACUGUGGGCGUAAAGGACACGUCCGCAGGAAGUGCUUUAAGCUCAAGCAGGAGAAGAACGAAGCCGUAAAACACAUCAACGCCCAGAAACCCUCGACCAGUACCACAGGUUUGGCCGAGCGUUUGGAAAGGUUGAGGACUAUGGAUUGGGAGUCGGACGAAAAUGAUUCAGAUCAUGGUUGGAAACGAGGCGACAACCACGGCCCAUCCCACUCAGGUCAGAGUUCCUAGGGAUGGACACGGAGCAUCGGGUUUGCCGAAGCGGGCAAUGCGGGUGGUCGAGACUGGUCGUCCGUUAUCGACUGUCGAGCUUCCCGAGCAUGGUCGGCCGUUGCAGACUGCCGCUGAACCCACGAUGGAACCCGAAGCAGACGAAAACGAUAUUCGGCAACUACCGAAUCAGAGCAGCAGCUUUUCGAAUCAACCUAUAGUUUUAGAAAGUAGAAGUAGAAAAAGAAAGUUUCCUUCAGAGCCGGUAGAGCUUUAUGGCCUACCAAGGCGUUCUAAACGAAUUAGAAAGACUAGAGUAGAAAGUGAAUUUCAGUAUUAUUGAUGUAUUUUGAAUUAAUGUUCAUUCUGAGUCCCUUUUCCUUCCGAAGGGGGAAGAGUUGAUGUAUACAGUUAUCAAAAUCUUUAUCUUUCCGUGUAUCAGCAAUUCAGCAAGCGCAGCGCGCAACACUGCUGUCAGUUAUCAUUAUAACAAAUAAACGAGCCAGGAGCUCCUUCUGAUUUACACUACCAAAUCAA